AUGAGAUCUCUUCUCCUCUUGGCGUUUGUCAGCGCGACGGCGUACGCCAGCUUCGACAAGAUCAAGGACUCGAUUCAGAAUCCGUUGGCACGCGGAUUCGGCGACGACAUCGCCUGGAUCAAGUGGGAGGACGCGAUCGAGACGGCGCUCGACACGAACAAACCGAUCUUCUUGCUCAUCCACAAGUCCUGGUGCCAUGCGUGCAAGGGUAAGUGACACGUGGCUUUGUGCGGAUAAUGUGGCAUGGAUUUGGACAAAAAUUGAUAAUUCCACGUGGCCUAGAGCGUUUCUUUUUUUGUGACUUGGCUUUUCAGUCUGAAAAAAUGGGUUGCUAAAUCUGCCACGUGGAUAGUUUUUCGUGCGCUCUAAGCUAAACGAUCAAAAAAAUGUCUCAAACGUUCCGCUCUUCCUUUUCGCGGCCGCCGCCUCCUGCGCGCGGAUUCCGACACCACUUUCGUUGCGCGUGUGUGUUCCCUUUCGCGCAUUAAUAAAGAGAAGUGUGUCAAGGAUGAAUACGCUAGUUCUUCCAUGCUAUCCCGCUGGUCUUUGAUACCCUAUGUAUUCAAAUUUCAGCCCUCAAAAAGACAUUCCAACAGUCGAACGCGAAGAAGGCGUUCAAGAAGCUCUCGGAGCACUUCGUCAUGGUCAACACCGAGGACGACGACGAGCCGUUCGAGGAGGAGUACCGUCCGGACGGAAAGUACAUUCCACGUCUUCUGUUCCUCGACAAGAACGGUGAUCAUCUGCCGGAGUUCAAGAACAAAAAGGCCGAGUACAAGAAUUACGCCUACUACUACUCCUCGCCAGCCGACAUCCUCAACUCGAUGAAGGACGUGCUCAAGCAUUUCGGAGUCGAGGUGCCCGAAAUGAAGAAGGGCGACAAGUUGAAGCCGAAAAAGCCGGAGGGAAAGAAGAAAGAGUUGUAA